AUGCACCUGCGAUGGAGCCGUCAGGUGGUAACUGUGCCUCUCUCCUCUCUCGCUACCAGCAUACCUAUCCCCAGGCAGCUGGCCUCCGUCAAAGCUCUUCGGAAAGGCUCAGACCUUGAAAAAGCUUUUGCAACCGCCGCUUUGGUGUAUAACAACUCCGCCGGCCCCGAGGGCAAACUGGGCAAAGGGGAAGCCAAAAGCCUGCUGCAAGCCCAGUUUCUGAGGUUCAUAGAGGGCCAAGAAAGCAAACCAAAAUACCAGGAAAUAAUUUCUGCCCUGGAUGAGGAGUCGGAGAACAAAAUUGAUUUUGAAGACUUCAUGAUUUUGUUAGUCAGUCUCGCUCUAAUGUCUGACCUGCUGCGGGAGAUCAGAAAUGUGAAAACCACAAAGUGA